AUGCAACAACGUCUGGAUGCACUUUUGAGUAACGGUUGGCUGCCGGCAAAGAGCAUCGAGCAUAUGCCUGAUGGGUUCAACGCUGCUGUGGUGGUGAAGCAGAUGGUGACGAAGCAUCAUGGAACUUGUGCUUUGGUGGACCUCCGGCUGCGCAAUGAUUUGGAAUCCCCCUCUGGUACCAGGGAACCUAAGACCAUCAACGAGGACUGGCCUUUCGUUUCGUCCAACUUCCCGGGCCAAGUCCGAGUUGGCCAAGCCUUUAUGUUGGUGAAUGCUCGCUGGAUGUCGGUAAACGGGGACCAAGCCAUCAGAUUCCCGGAGACCACCGGUAUUUCAGCCACUAUUCCGAUGAACACAGCAACGGAUGCUACUCCUGGUAUUGUGGAACUUUUCUGUGGAGGUAUGGGCGGAUGGUCGGUGGCUGCCUCGAAGCUUCCGGCAGAAGUGGUGGCCAAGGUGGACCAUGAGGGAAUGGCCAUCUCCUCAACCCUCUUGAACACCCCAGGGGCCCGACUGUUUACCCCGCAUGAUGAUGAUGGAGGGGCAAACUUUGAUGUAUUCUGGGGCGAAGUUGGGGAUUGGAGAUGGGCCCGGACUUUGCAGAAGACCCAUGUGGAAGUACUUUGUGCAUCCCCUCCGCGCCAACCCUUUGCGGAAAUGGAAAAGAGCGAUGGACUGGAAGACAAGAUCCACGCGACAGGAUGGUUCCAGCUAUUUUAUAUGGCCCGACUUUUACAGCGGAAGAUAUUGCUCAUUGAGAGUGUGGUCGGCCUUCUGAGCCACAAGCACUUCGCCAUCAUUGAGAAGCUUCUUAGGUGGGCUGGCUACACGAUUAUUUGGAAGGGCAAAAUCGAUCCUUCAAAGUAUGUGCCUGCAGAUCGGAUGCGUAUUUUCAUUGUGGCAUGGAACAAUGCUGAUUUGGAAGGUAUCUACAAGAAGUUCAGAAUGGUGAUGCCGCUCAGCGAUGGCACCAAGAUCUGCAAUGAUGCGAUUUGGAAGAAUAUGAGCCCGGAAAUGGUCGACGAGCUCAGGCUGAAUUAUGCCCAGACCUCAAAGGCUGCAAGCCGAGAUCUCCUUCCUGAAUGGCUUCGCAACCAACCUGGGAGCGUCUUGGACAAGAGGAAGGUGCAUACAGGGCUUCCCUUGCCGCCCAUUACGACGAAGUACAGGGCCCUCAUCGAUUCACCUUGGCUGACUUUGAGGAAGCAUGGACUUUGCCUCCCACUUUGGGGUAUUGAACACCCUGGGGUCAGGUUCUUGUCGAAGUGGGAAGUGGCUAAGGCCUUUGGCUUUGCGGCAGAUGUAAUCUUGCCAGAACCGGAAGAGGAUGCUUUCUUGCUCCUGGGCAACUCCCUGUUGCCAUGUCAGGCGAUGAUUGUGCUAGGAUCAGCUUUGGCACACAGACCUAGUGACCCCAUGGGAGCUGAUGAGAUAAGGAAUUUUAUCACUGAAGGCAUCCAGGAGCUGGCAACAACGUGGCGGAACUUCGACCUCCUGGUGCAGAUUACAAAUCAAGGAUGGGCAACCCUGGAACUCCGUGGUGAUCUGAUUGCAACUGGCCCACAUGGAAGAUUGGCUGGCAAAAUUGGAGCAUGGCAAGUCAGUAUCGCCUCAUUGACAUGGAAUCGAGAAAGAGGAACAGAGGUCCCCUGCCUGACAGAGGAGACCCGGAUGCUCUACGAGGAGAUGCUUGAGGACAAAGAUGACGAGCAAGGUAUCGCGCACCAGCUCUUCUGUCCAGACAUGGGAAGAGUGGAGAUUCGCCUUGACGGAGACCUCACUGUGCGGAAGAUGGGUCGAUGGAUCCUGGCUGGAGACGUCCGUGACGGACGGGAUGGCGAAGUGCUGAUCAUCGUAGACACAGCUCUGCCCAUAGCAAGAUGGGCAAACAACGUCUUGUACCGGGCUGACAUGCGUCAGUUUUACUUCAGCGAACACACCGACAGCCCCAUGUGGAUUACAAUCAACGAAGCCUUGGUACAUGAAUGGCCUAUUCAGAUACAGAGUGGGGAUUAUGUGUGCUUGCGGUGGGAUGGCCACACUGACAUGGAUGAAUGGCUGGAUUUUCCAACCUUUCGAAUCCCGGGUCCUCCUCCGCCGACCCCGCCUGAUACACCUGGAGACGAUGGAGAAGAUGGAGAAAGUUCUGAUAUUGAUGGAACAGAGGAUGAAUCCUCAGAGGGAGAAGUGGAAGGGGCAGAGCCAGAUGCAUCGGCCCCGAGUGCCAGCGCGGCACCAGAGGUUGACCCAGUUGACCACGGAAGAACGGCUAGGAUGGACUACAACACGGUCCAGUCAACGCCCCCGACCACGCCACGAUCGUCGGUUGGUACAACGAUGAGGAAGUCGUCGACAAAAGGAGAGUACGACCCACGGCCCAAGAAGAAGAUCCUCAUCGAUGAUGGAACAUGCACUUUUGCGAUGCCCAGCCUGCAUGUGUAUGGCAACAACUGUGGGUCACAAGGGCUGGCAAGCUCCUCUUUCUUCAUGGUUUUCCAAGGCCAAUGCCUGCAGGUCAGCAAGUCGGACGCAAGACUGGUGGGUCAAAUUGCCGAAGACCACUGGGGUUUCCAAGCAACGGAUAUUUUUAUGACAAGCAAUGGCAAGCCUUUGAGCAUCAACACUGCCCCGUCGGCAAUGACAGUGGGGGCUACAAUCCAGAUUUGUGGACGUCUCCGUGGUGGAACCCAACCGGCGUUGCAGAAGCUCAAGGGGCUCCUGCUGUCAAAGGGCGUGGCCAACGACAACGUGGAUGCCAGGAUUGAAGAGAUCAGAGAGAAAAUCGGUGAUAGGGGGAUCCGUGAGAUCUACACUUCUUUCGACCCUUGGAGCACGCUGAAAAGUCGAUGUGGUGCAAUGAGAUUGGUGAAGGAGAACGAGCCCAAGCAGAAGCCAAAGGCAAAGGGCAUCCAAGAAAGUGACCCGUUGCAAGAUGACGACCCCUGGAAAAAGGCAUUGCAGGAACGAGACCAGUGGAAGAUGGAACCGAACUUCUUCAAGAAGGAGGAUGGAAGCCCGCCAAUGGUAUUGCAGAAGAUCACCCAUGGUGCUUGUGGUAUUGCCAUGGUCUAUGAGAAGGAGGCCUCGAUGUUGGCGGGCAACGAAGACCACAUGUCGCCUGAGGAGUUGGCCAUUCUAUUGGUGGGUGGUACAGUCUCAGCGCCGUCAAGGUUCAGCACCAUGCAGGUCGAGUUCCCUUGCAGAACGGCAGAUGACCAAAGAGUCCUUCUCAAAGCGCAGCUAGUGAACUUGGGAAGCAAAAAGAUUUCGUUAGCUGGGGAAGACUCCAAAGUUACUGUGGAUGAGGUGGAUAGUAUUGUGGUGGGGUGCGAUAUUGUUCACAAAGAUGUGCCCUCAUGGAGCGAGGUUGUCGAAGGAACGGUUCGUUUCCUAAAGAAGCAGAUCCCAACGUUGGAAAAAGCAUCUUUUGCAAAUUGGGGCCGUCGAUUCUACACAAAGGGCAAACAAGUCCAAGAUGGCCUCCAAGCGGAAUCUUGCCACAUCAUGCUUCGCGUUAAGAGGGAAUUCCGAGAUGUCAUUUUGGAAGAGGUGGUACGAGGAAUCUAUUUCUCUCCGAAAACAGAAGAUGGCAAGCCAGAUGGGGCUUUCAAGAUUGUAUGGUUCCAAGACAGGCCCUGCGAUGACCUCAAGGUGCUGGCCAAUGCUGAGCCGGCUUCGUAUGGCAUCGUUAACUCCAAAUCGGGAAAGGGGAUCAGGGUCAAACCACAGGACUUCACACGUCUUCGCCAAAAAUGGCACCCAGACUGGAAGCCGAUCGAAGGGGCACCCUAUGACCUCUUGAUUUCCUCAUUCUUUGAUGUCCAGAAUAUGCCCCUGUCUUGCACAAAAGCUGACGUCCAGAAGUUCCUCAAUGGGAUUGGUUGGCAGGCUAUGGUGCUGAAACAGACAAAGCCAAGAUGUUGGGUGGCUGGAGCACAAGGGCCCCCCAGCAAAGCGGUCCAUUUGGCGACACAUGGUACAGUCCUUAUCUCGGAACGACCAGCAAAAGGAGUCGGAAAGGGAUCCAGAAAAGACCCAUUCCCGACAGUGGUGGCGGGAAAGCCCCGACCAACCAGGAUCCAACCGGAGACUAGCAGCUCAGCAAUGCAGCUCGAGUUGGAUGAUGCGACCUCCAAAAGCCUGGAAAAUAAGUUCCAGGAAAAGCUGGACUCUUUGCAGAAGGAACAACAGGCAGCCAACCAGAUGUGUGCAUGGACUGAUGCAACCUACAUGGAUGACAGCUUCAAGGCUGGAAAAGGACCUUUCACGGUUUCAGGACUUAAUGUCCAAUGCUUGAAUGCUUUUGUGGACGAUGGACGAUUCACAUCUUCCAGCUCUGAUGUAGUAGUCUUCUCCGAGACGGCGGCCACAAAAUUUGUCAACGUAAAGGCAUGCAAGGCAGCGAGAAGGAGAAACUGUCAUUAUAAGCAUGGCCUAGAAGUCAAUCGCAGAGAUUUUGUGGACGGGCGCAUUUGCGAGACGAAAGGCACGGCCCAGGGAGUAGGUAUUUUCUCCAAGUUGCCGCUCCGUAGCCCCAGACAGGAAUGGGAAAGUGACAUUUGGAAUUCCGCGAGGGUGGUGGACACGAUCGUGAUCACAGACUUCGGACCGAUUCGGAUCUUCGGAAUGUAUGGUCUCCAUCAGACACUGCCCGAUUUCAUUUCGGAGAAUGACAGCAUCCUACGAGAGAUCUUUAUUAGGUCAGAGUCAGUGGACAUCCCAUGCCUUAUCGUGGGUGACCUCAACUGCGAUAUCAAUUUCUUGGAGACGUGGACCGAGAUGGAAUAUUGCGGAUGGGCAGACGCUGCAGCUCUCCAAAGCUACAUGGAUGGACAGCCCAUGCAGCCUACUUUCAAAGAUAUCUCCAGAAUUGACUACAUCCUUAUGAACAACAAAGCCAAAGCAGCAUUCCAGCAAUAUCAGGUUGCGUGCAUCCCUGAGACAGACCACAAAGAAGUCUUUGCAUCUUUUGCUUGGAGGCCCAGGCUGAAUCGAGACUGGACCUUUAGAACAGCCAAGGAUAUGUCCGCCUUGGUAAAUGACUCGACAAAACUCCGAACGGCGAGCCCUAGAGAAAGAGAUAUUCUUGAUUUGGAAACGGCGAUCCAACUAAAAGAUGUGGAAAGGACAUGGGACUGCUUCACCAAGGCCUACGAAAACUCCAUUGCAGCGAUGCUUUCAAAUGACCACGAUUCGAAGCUCCCGAACGCAUAUCGUGGUAAGGGUAAGAUCAAAUUUGGAGUCAAGCAACAAGAAGGUGUCAUCAAGUUUGCAAGAGAAGGCAACUUCGAACCAUCAGGGGAUGAGACUACGGUGAUGACCAGGCAGCGUAUUCGUCAGAUACGGAGGCUGGAAUCAUUACUGAGUCAACAAGACCAUCUGGUAGUACUUGCUCCUGAUACGGCAAAUUGGUGGAACUGUAAACAAGCUUGCUUGGCCACGUGGCGCGCUGCUUUGAAAUCAUCUGGCUUUGGCGGGAAUUUUAAGACCUGGUGGCUCGAAGAGGUUGCAGAUUGGUUCCCCCAUGGGUUACCUACAAAUUGGCAGACCCGUGACAUGCUCACGAAGUUAAAGGAGCUCGAGAAGCAUUGGAAGAACCGGUGUCUUUGCCACCGCAAGACGCUCUUGAAACAGAGAUUUAAGGAAGACUGGGACAAUGGUGGUUCUUUGCAUUUCCAGGCAAUCAAGCCUCCCAGUUUUCCUGCAGUGGACAGCAUCGAUAUAGCCGUGGAACUCCAGAUUUGCAUGUGUCGGUGCAAGGAAAAAAGCCGAUUCAGAUGUAAGCUUGCCCACGACGACCUCCAUUGUGUUAGAGUUGGGGCCAUCUGGCAUCAAAAAGAGAGCAAAGGGAUGGUUGCUUCGGUCAAAGGAGGCAUUGUUACUCUUUCCUUGAUUUCAGGUUCCUUUAGAAGCGGAAUGAUCUACCAGUUACAACCUACGGCAAACCCAACGAUCAUUACCAACGAGGCCGAAAAAUAUUGGAGCCAAUUUUGGAACAGGAACAAUGGAAGGACCCACGACGAUGCCAUUAUUGAACAAGCAAUCAAUUCACUCCCCAUCCUCGACUACAUGGAGGCGCACAUCUCCGACAUGGAACUGGAAUGGGGACUGAGCAAGCUUAAAAAGAAAAAGGCCAGAGGAAUGGAUUGCUUUUCGAAUACUGAACUCAAGAAUCUCCCUCUGCUUCUGAAGCAACCACUCAGACGAACGUUGGACCUUUUCACAAAAGUGGGAUGGCCAGAGGCACUUUUGCACGCCAGAAUGUCACUGCUCUACAAGAACGACCAGAUUGGAGACAUUUCAUGCACAAGACCAAUUACAAUCCUGGCGUCAAUCUACAGAUUGUGGGCGAAGAUUAUGACGGCGAAAACAAUGCGACACAUUUUGCCUCACCUUCCACGUACCCUUUAUGGAUCAGUGCCGGGGAAGUCAUCAAUGGACCUGGCAUGGAAUAUCCAGAUGACUCUGGAAAAGGCCCUCCUUCGAAAGGAAACAAUCCUGGGGGUAUCACUUGACCUGUCGAAGGCCUACAAUACCAUCCCGAGAGACAUCCUGGCUCGCCUGAAUCAAAGACUUGGCCUACAAGAUGUGUGGAAACCUUACAGUUCUUUCUUGUCUGGACUAAAACGACACUUUGUCUGCAACGACCAUUGGGGGCCAGCGGUUAAAUCCACAGUGGGAGUGCCGGAAGGAUGCCCACUCGCUGUAGCACAAAUGAUAAUCCUAACCUGGAUGUUCACGAACUUGGUGCAACAAAGACAUGCAGUUGAUAUGCACUCCUACGUGGACGAUUGGACGCUUUUAAAUACAGAAGACGAGACUCUCACCAGCGCCCUGGCUACGGUGGCUGACUUGGCAAAGGCAACGGGAUUGAUCCUUAACAUCAACAAGUCCUGUAUUUUUGGCACCAAACCGGCAAGGACACGGGCUCUCAAACAAAAGCUCCAUGAUGCUGGCUACAAAGUCAAGUGCGAGACAAACAUGCAAGGUUUGGGGAUCCAAUUCCAGACCCAGACGAGAGCAUCUACUACAAAAAGAGAUGAAAGGAUGAAGAAAGGGAUCCAAUUACUGGAACGUCUUCAAUUUAUGCCAUGGAAGUAUGAUGUCAAGGCUGCCGUUAUCGCAAGAGGCAUCUUACAGAAAUGUCUCUAUGGAUGCGAAUGCUUUCCAGUGGGUAAGACCUUCCUUCGAUCCUUGAGAGCCAAAUGCAACCAUACGGUUUGGAACAAACAGCAGUAUCAUCUGCACUUUCUGGUCCCACUUAUGUCACGCUAUGUUUUUGAGCCGGCUAUCCAUGUGAUGCGAAGAAGGCACGCUACCUUGAUGCGUAUGUGGGCCCGCAACAAAGAGUUGGUUAAGGAUGCAUGGAAGAUUGGGGUUGAUGGGAGCCACAACUUCAAGGCGGGUCAAGGUUGGGGCCCUAUUACGCAUUUCCAGCAAAUGUUGCGAGACUGGGAAUGGCUUCUUGAUGCAGAUGGGAAUUGCACUCUCCCAGAUGGUUGGUCUUUUAAUAUCUGGGAACUUUCCACUGCUCAGUUCAAAUUGGUCACAAUGCAAUCAUGGGAGAGAGUGGUGGUGGCAGAUCUACAGAACAAACAAAAUCUCCACGAUAUUGAGGACCUAUGCAUCAAAUCUUCAAAAUACCCCCGGAAUGAUGAUCCAAUGGUGGAAGGUUUUAUGAACAAGGUGCGACUGGGAGGGCUUUUCCCCAAUGGCAGGAAGCACUCCGUGGAUUAUAACAAUGACAAAGAAUGCAUUUUCUGUGGCCAAGAAGAUACACUCAGGCACAGAGUCCACGAGUGCCCGGGUACGGAGCAUGUACGGGCGUCAACCACGGAAUGGGAACAGCUCAAAACUUUACCUGACCAUGUGCUCCUGGGUGGCCUCUUCCCAAAACCGGAAAAACUCAAGCAAUUCCAAAAGGCCCUCAUGGAAGUGGAUGUCCAGAUUUCUCCUCUACCAUCCAAUGGGUUGACACGUAUUUUCUUUACGGAUGGAUCCGCACAAGACGAAGGUGUUCCUUUGGCCAGGGUUGCAAGUUGGGGGGUGACGGAAGCCCAGCCGCAGGAAUCCACCAACAAUGUCAUCUCCUCAGGCAUCUUGCCAGGUAUGAUACAAACUGUCUUCCGGGCAGAACUCUUCGCCGUAAAUGUUGCACUUGCAUAUGAUGGAUGCUGCGAAAUUUUCUGUGACAAUCAAGCCGCGGUCAAAGUGGUGCAAGCUGUCAUUAAUGGAAAUGACACUAUGGACUAUUGGGAACUUCUCCGAGCUGUGGCAGAUCUUCCACAAUAA